UCUUUUUAGCUCUUAAGCCUCCUUUUGCACGCCCAGCUCUCGCCUCCUCUCUUACCCCGACGCUAGAAUCAUGAAGGUCGCCAGUGGCAACGCCGCGGCCGCCGCGGGCCCCAGCUGCACACUGAAGGCCGGCAAGACUGCAGGCGGCGCCGGCGAGGUGGUGCGCUGCCUGUCCGAGCAGAGCGUGGCCAUCUCGCGCUGCGCCGGCGGCCCCGGGGCACGACUGCCCGCCCUGCUCGACGAGCAGCAGGUCAACGUGCUCCUCUACGACAUGAACGGCUGCUACUCGCGCCUCAAGGAGCUGGUGCCCACCCUGCCCCAGAACCGCAAGGUGAGCAGGGUGGAGAUCCUCCAGCACGUCAUCGACUACAUCUGGGACCUGGAGUUAGAGCUGAACUCGGAAUCUCAAGUCGGGACCCCCGGAGGCAGGGGGCUCCCCGCUCGGGCUCCGCUCAGCACCCUCAACGGCGAGAUCAGCGCCCUGGCAGCCGAGGCGGCAUGUGUUCCAGCGGACGAUCGCAUCUUGUGUCGCUGAAGCGCCGUUCUCCAGGACCCGCAGACCCCAGCCCUCCAGGGGGCGAGAGGCAUAGUGCUCUCUGGUCCUCCCAAGCCCCUCUCCGCGGAUGGGGAGAAACAAGACUGAGAUCAGCAGCCUUUGGGCUCAUGCUGGAUCCAGCCCAGGGCCGGGGGACUGACAGGACAGGCCGACCUUUCCUCCACACCUAUCAGCCACCAGAGACUUGGGGGAGUUUCCCCCCCGUGUGUUUCUAUUUUUUGAAAAGCAGACAUUUUAAAAAAUGGUCACGUUUGGUGCUUCUCAGAUUUCUGAGGAAAUUAAUUGCUUUGUAUUGUAUAUUACAAUGAUCACCGACUGAGAAUAUUGUUUUACAAUAGUUCUGUGGGUUUUUUUCUGUUGUUGUUAUUAAACAAAUACUUUAGAUGAUGGUAAA